AAUUCCGGAAAGGGAAGUAACGAGAUUAAAAAAACAAGUUGGCUAGGCCUCCGGAAGAGGCGACUGAUAGUUUGGGCGACUUUAAAAAGACGUUUUAAUUUAACGUUGAUGUAACGCCUCGGACCUUUGUUAUUUCGACAAUGGGGACAUCAGCCAGCCAGCUGCCGAAGGACUUGCUGUCUGAGUACCAGGAGCUGACAUUUUUAACGAAACAAGAAAUCUUGUUGGCUCACAAAAGAUUCACUGAACUCCUGGCCAAAGAUGACAGGAGCUGCUCUAAUCCCCGGCUGCCCAUGAGUAGGAUUCUUACAUUACCAGAACUCAAGUCUAACCCUUUCAAGGAAAGGAUAUGUCUCGUGUUCUCCACAUCUGAUAACAAAGAUGGCAGCUUGACAUUUGAGGACUUCCUAGACCUGUUAAGUGCCUUCAGCGAUUCUGCUACUUCAGACAUUAAAUCUCACUAUGCAUUCCGCAUUUUUGACUUUGAUGAUGAUGGAACCCUGGACCGCAAGGACCUGGAGAGGCUUGUAAACUGCCUGACUGGGGACACAGACGAAACCAGACUCACCUCUGAUGAGAUGAAGCAGCUUAUCAACAACAUCCUUGAGGAGUCAGAUAUCGACAAAGAUGGAACAGUGAACCUCUCAGAAUUCCAGCAUGUCAUCUCCAGGUCUCCAGAUUUUGUCAGUUCUUUUAAGAUUGUGCUGUGAGCUCUCUAGUGUGACCAGCUGACCUGAACCAGAACAAAGGAGCUACACAAAGUCUGUCUCCUUCCUGAAUGAGCCCUUUCUUUCUUUCUUUCUUGUCUCUUGAGGGUGCAUCUUAAAUUACCCGAACUGUCCAUUUUAAUGUAGUCUUUGACUAAUUGUUUGCGUUUCAAUGCUUUGAUCCUAUGAAAUUGCUUUUUAAACAAUUUUAAGACUUUUUACAAAAUAUUGAACUGUGACUGAGCUUGUGUGAAGAAAUUCUUUUAUCUGUUUUUAAUACGUUAAUAAAAUUAUAUUAACUAAGA